GUUCCUAUGAAAAACAAGCGUCCAUUUUCUGUAUUGAAGUCGCGUUAAUUUACUAAUCAAUCUUGACAUUUGUUGCAAGUGCAUUAUGAUGUUAUGUGGAAUUUAGAACGUUUUUACAGUUUAAAUAUUAGUUAUCUAAUAAUGAAUGUUACUUUGAAUUUUUAAAUAAAUAGUCCUGUUAAAUUAAAGAUGUAUCACUCGUGACAUAGAACGGAAACAAUCACAUGAUAUUAUUUCAUGAUCUCUAGCUACUAAAUAUACGACAAGGUCUGUUACAAAACAUUGGUAACACGAGCUUAUCUUAUUCAAUCAAGUCUAUUGUCGGCGAAUAACAUUCCAAUGGUGUUUUGUGUUUUACCAACGCUGUGAGUUAACGUUGCAAUGGUUCGAGCCAAUACUUUAAUGGCAGGACAGGAGGGGGUGAAGACUCCACAUCGCAUUGAACUGUAUGAUGAGCAUCAGCCUGUUAGGCCUACCCGUACCUAUAGAAAACGCAGGAUUAUUGCUGCAACACAACCGAAGACUGAAAAUGUUUUGAAGACAGAGCCACCAACAAAGAAGAUUGAACCAAGUUCUAAACCAUUGAAGACCAGUAACGGUAUUGCCAAUAAUAUGACGAAUGGUCAUCUAGCGCGCUCAAGGGCAGCGCGUGCCGCCGCCAGAGCUACCGAAAGUCAUAAACUAACAGAGUAUUUCAAAGAAGAACUCAAGAGUCCUAAGGACGAAACGCCUCCCUCACCCCUGCACUUGGACAAGGCUGUGAAUGUAGACACUAAAGUUGUGAAUGGUAACAGCAACCACAAGCUCACUGAAUACUUCCCUGUAAGGCGUAGUGUUAGGAAAACGUCCAAAUGUGUUAUGGCAGAGAAAAUGCGAGUUUUGGAGAGAGCUGUAAGAGAACAGAGAGAAGACGGACUUCAAGUGGCAUACUUUGAGGGUAAAGGCCGAGGUAUUAUCGCAACUCGUCCCUUCGGCCGCGGGCAGUUCGUCGUAGAGUACGCAGGCGAACUCGUCGGCGUCGCGGAAGCGAAACAGCGAGAGCGCCUCUACGCCCAGGACCCGACUGCUGGCUGUUAUAUGUACUACUUUCGACAUGGAGAUCAGCAGUAUUGCAUCGACGCAACAGCAGAGUCGGGUCGUCUCGGCCGUCUAGUAAACCAUUCGCGUAACGGCAACCUGUCGACCAAAGCCGUGUGGGUGGACGGCCCCCGGCUAGUACUGUUGGCGGCUCACGACAUCGCGCCAGGGGAAGAACUCACCUAUGACUACGGUGACCGGUCCAAAGAGUCGCUGCAACACCACCCCUGGCUCGCGCUCUGACCUGGGUAAGAGAUUCUAAGUGCUUUUGCAAUUCCAGCUAUUGUUUCUAACGACCAGUUCCAAUAAAUCUCCUAUUGCGACCGGGGAAGAACUCACCUACGACUACGGUGACCGGUCCAAAGAGUCGCUAC